AGUGCCGUUGCAUUCUAGAUAAACGAAAGUUUAAAAAGUACACUGUGUUUUGUCAUGAUAUUUACCGGUAUAUUUUAUAAUUUUAUAAUUAUUUUGUUGAAUUUUUAGAAAAUAAAAAAAAUGGUUGGAAUAGAUCCCGGAUCAUGGUCCGCUGAUGACACCAUGAGAAUUUUAAUAGCAUCAGACAUACAUUUAGGUUACCUCGAAAACGACGCCGUUCGCGGGGAAGAUAGUUUCAUUGCAUUCGAAGAAGUUUUAUCAUUAGCUGUACAGUACGACGCAGAUUUGAUCUUGCUUGGAGGAGAUCUAUUCGAUCAUGCGAAACCUUCCCCUGCAUGUAUGUUCAAAUGUACACAACUUAUCAGAAAAUAUUGUUUAGGCGAUAAGCCCAUCAGCGUCGAGCUAUUGUCAGAUCAAUUUGUGAAUUUUUCUCGUGUCGUCAACUACGAAGAUCCAAAUUUAAAUGUGUCAUACCCCAUUUUAUCUAUACAUGGUAAUCAUGAUGACCCCGUGGGGCAAAGCAGUAUCAGCUCUCUCGACAUUUUGUCUAUCACAGGUCUGGUGAACUAUUUUGGCAAAUGGAGUGACUACACUCACGUUCGCAUUACACCUGUUCUUAUGCAAAAGGGAUCCACUAAGCUAGCACUUUAUGGCCUCAGCCACCUAAAGGAUCAACGACUUUCUCGACUUUUUGCAGAAAAAAAAGUAGAAAUAGAGCGUCCCGAUGAUGGGAAUGACUGGUUCAACUUGUUAACUCUGCACCAGAACAGGGCUGACAGGGGCCCUAGUAAUUACAUACGGGAAGAUGUAUUGCCAAGUUUUUUAGACUUAGUAGUAUGGGGCCAUGAACAUGAUUGUCAGCUCUAUGAAAUGAAAGAAAAUAAAACUGAGAAUGAAAGAUUUUUUGUUGUACAGCCUGGCAGUACAGUCGCGACAUCGUUAGCCUCUGGAGAGGCGUUGCCAAAGCACUGUGCACUAUUACAAAUACACAAUAGUGAUUAUAUAUUGACACCCAUUCCAUUGAAGACAGUUCGUCCCUUCAUCUUCAAGACCAUUGUUUUAUCCGAAGAAGAUUUGGGCUCCAAGCAAGUAAAUGAAAAUGAAAAAGUACAGGAGUUCUUAAAAUCUAAAAUAAAUGAAGCUAUCUCUGAAGCUGAGAAGCUCCGUAGUGGAGAUCCCAAACAACCAACCCUGCCAUUAGUAAGACUCAGUGUAUUUUAUGAGCGAGAGGAACAAGACUUCAAUAGAGUGAGAUUUGGACAAAAUUUUAAUGGUCUAGUUGCAAAUCCGAAUGAUAUACUGAUUAUGAAAAAAGAAAAGAAAAUUAGAGAGCGAAAGGAGCAAAUCAACAAUGAGGACAAUCACAUUUCGGGCGUGGCCGCCGAGGCCGUAGACGUAGAAUCUCUGCUGCGUACGUACUUCGAGUCUCUACCCCCCGAGCGAAACCUCCAAGUGUUAUCGGUGCGCGCCGUCACGGACGCUGUCAGGGAGUUUACUCUGAAGCACGACGACGACGUGUUCCGGCGCGUCUUCGAAGCUCACAAACGGCGAUGCGUCGCAGCCCUGCUCGAGUCCACGGCGGAGAAGGUCGACGAGGUCGAGGAACGACUCCGCAUCUGCAAACAGGAAUUGGACGCGGCCGAUGACGAUCAACUGAGAACACUCAUCGAUACGACGGCCGCACUCAAGGUCAACAACACCCCGACUAUGAAGCGGGCUGUGGUGGUGCUGUCGAGCGACGACGAGGCCAAGGUGGAGGAAGCCAUGGCUCGCGGGCGAGGGCGCGGGGCGCGGGGCGCUCGCGGCCGGGGCCGGGGCCGCGGCCGCAGCCGCGCGCGCGCCGACCCCGACCCGCCGCCGCCCGAGCCGGCGCCCGAGCGCCGCACCACGCCGCGCCGCUCUGCCGCACAGAAGUCUGCCACGUGGUUGCAGAGCUUGGCCACGACACGGCGACGUCGCGAGUCGUCGGAUAUCGAAGAUUCCGACUGAACGCUAGACCGUUGAGCAUUCCUUUCUAAUAAAUCUCUUUAUCACUUGAAACGUGUUGUCGUUGCGAUCAGUAAUAGUAGCUACCUAUUGUAGAUUUCUUCCCGUACCUACCAUGAUUUCGAUAUUCCCUAACUCAAAAUCUAUUCACAGGAUACGGUCCACAGAAAAUAGUAGUGUGCACCCGGCGAUACGCUUAGGCAUUGCAAUCCAUUCCUGUGAACACCCGUUAUAAAUAAGUAUGACAAAAGAGCUAGUCGUAAUUAUAUUUGCAUUAAAUAGGGUAGGUAUCGGUGGUGUUAUAUUACAUAAAGUGUCGAACCUAUUUAGCCAUUACAUUUAUUUAUGCGUCGACAACAACUGUACUAGAUAUAUAUCUAUAUUUUUUUUUAAAAUUCGUCUACCGACUAAAAGAUUUUGUUAAGUAACCAUUUAAAUAAUCUAUUUUUAAAUUUGUUUAAUGAAAGUUUCUUUAUAUCAAUAGGAAUAUUAUUAAAUAUAUAAUAUAA